CGGGUGUUUCCGGAGUGAGGUCGGAGCCAUGUCUUACAUCCCGGGGCAGCCGGUUUCUGCUGUGGUGCAACGGGUCGAAAUCCAUAAAUUGCACCAAGGGGAUAAUCUGAUCCUUGGCUUCAGCAUUGGCGGAGGAAUCGACCAGGACUCGGGACAGAACCCCUUCUCGGAGGACAAGACCGACAAGGGUAUCUAUGUCACACGAGUAACAGAGGGAGGCCCUGCAGAGGUGGCUGGACUUCAGACUGGAGACAAAAUAAUGCAGGUGAAUGGAUGGGACAUGACUAUGGUAACGCACGACCAGGCAAGGAAACGUCUCACCAAGAAGAAUGAAGAAGUCGUCCGGCUGCUGGUGACAAGAAAGUCCUUGCAAGAGGCUGUGAGACAGUCCAUGAGACCCUAAGCAUCACAUUCCCUACAGUCGGAAUCUCUUCUUAGCUACACAGGUGUAUUAAAUGGACACAUUUAAUACACCCUUGUAUUACACACACCAGCAGCACAUUGACAACCUAUUGGUUGCCUGGUCCUUUUUGUACCUCCCAAUCUACUGGUCAUUCCGCAGCAAGAAAAACCAAAAAUAUUCUUAUGUGCCUGGUAUCCAAAAACCUAAACCUGCACCUGACUUAUCUUUGUUGUAGAAAAGCACAAAUCAUUCCAUAGCAAAGAUAAAGCUGGUGUCUGUGUAGCCUAGCAUUAAAAUAAAGAUGAUCCAUACCAAGUGGCCUCCCCAAUGCCAUCUCCAGCUCUUUUUUUUAUUUUUAAUAUCAUUUUCAGGUUUUAAGUUACUGCUAUGGGAGCACCCGCAAUACAGGGAGUGCAUUUUAUACAAUUCAACAAAUUAAUCAAAAGUCUCUGUGUCACUGGCAGAUUUAUUGUCGUAUUGAGAAAAGUCUCUUGUAUUAAGUCAUUGUUGCCUGACCCAAUUAAUCACAAGGACUGUCAUCAGCUAUACUGCCUGAACUGUGUGUCUCUGCCUCUAAUUACAGUAAAAUCUGCUGGAUUACUAAAAUGAUUACACGACCAUAUUUGUACAUGCACUUCACAUAGAGGAUCCCUUUAAACGGGAUAUACCCAUAUAUAUAUAUAUAUAUAUAUAUAUAUAUAUAUAUAUAUAUAUAUAUAUAUAUAUAUAUAUAUAUAUAUAUAUAUAUAUAUAUAUAUAUAUAUAUAUAUAUAUAUAUAUAUAUAUAUAUAUAUAUAUAUAUUCAUGAUGAAAGCUGACGCACACUGGGAUUUAUCAAAAAUAAAACUUAUUUUAUUGGAUCGACGUUUCGGUCCACACACGGACCUUUAUCAAGAUCAUCUUGAUAAAGGUCCGUGUGUGGACCGAAACGUCGAUCCAAUAAAAUAAGUUUUAUUUUUGAUAAAUCCCAGUGUGCGUCAGCUUUCAUCAUGAAUAUAUGGUUUUUUUUCUGACUAGCACCUGGGUUUGUUGCCUCAGUAAGUGUGUGCCACAGCCCUUCUACAUACAUAUAUAUAUAUAUAUAUUUUUUUUUUUCUGAUGACGGUCCCAUGUGGCCCGAAAUGCGUAGCUAUGGAGAUAGUUUUAUUCUAUCCCUGUUGCCAUACUGAGAGAUAGAACUGAGCAAGGAAGUACCAGGAGAUCCUUCAUGCUUCAGUAAAGUAAACUUUUUGUUCCAAGGCAGAAACAGCAGUGGGCACUCUGAUAUUGGCAGUGUAUAAACUGCUGAUACCAUGACAUCUAAGAAAAAAAAAUAUAUAUUAUAGAUUCAUUAGAAAAGUGUUCAGAAGAGCAAUUUUACAUUGUAGGGUAUACGUCUCUAUUAAGGGCUUAAAAAUCUAGUACUGAGGUUUUGGGGUGUGUGGUUAAAGGAGACGCAAACCCAAAAGUUAGAAAAAACCUUACCCUACAUAGACCCCCCCCCCCCGCCCACCAGCCUAAGUGUUACCCCGGACAAAAGCCCCUAAGUCUUUAUUUAACCCUCCGUGCAGAUUCUGUCCAGCGGACUUCACAGCAGCCAUCUUCUUUUCUUCGGUAAUCUUCAGAAUGAGAGCGGCGCAUGCGCAGUAGGAGCAAUUUUCUGUUUAGCGACAACUGCGCAUGCGCCAAAACUCACUAAAAUUGCAAAAUCGCCAGUCUCAUUCUGAAGAUUACCGAAGCGGCUGAAGAUGGCGCCCGUGAACUCCGAUGCCUGAAUCUGCACCGAGGGGUAAGCAAAGAGUUCGGGGCAUUUGCCCGGGGUAACACUUAGGCUGGGGGGGGGUGGAGGGGGGUCUAUGUAGGGUAGGGUUUUUUUAACGUUUGGGUUUGGUUCUCCCUUAAUAGGAAAAACUAUUGAUUGCCCAGGGAAUAUACUGCACAGACAAUCAAAAAAAGUCUACCUGUCCCCUUCUAUCUGCCUCUGUGCAUUCCUACUGCCUGUGCUAAUUUGUGUACAUAUAAAACCACUCCAUUUAGCUGCUUUUAACUGUAUCAUUCCCACUUUUAACCGUACUGUAUGUACUUUGCUUUAUUUUUCUACAUUUAUGACCAAAUGAUAUUCCUUGGCUUGUAAUAAAUAUAAACUGUUAUUGAUCACGGUAAAACAC